GCUUUCAAGAUUUAGGAUGCUUUUAUGAUUACUUAGAAAAUCGAACGCUUCCUGGCUUGAACGCCUGUAAUUUGCCAGAGGCUGAAGAAAUGUGCAAUGAAUGUACAUCGGAACAUCCAUACUGCGAAAACACGCAAAGAAUGACUGUUUCCUUUUGUACAGAUUUAUGCCACAGACGAGGCUUUCUCUACUCAGGGUUAGAGGCGGGAAAACAAUGUUUUUGUGGAAAUAACUUCGAUCCAUUAAAUCCACCGAAUGGUAAACCACCGAAUAACGAUAAUUGUACUGAACCUUGCUCAGGCGAUUCAAGUCAGAUUUGUGGCGGAGAAUUGCGAAUAAUUAUUUACAAAAAUGACGACUUCAUGAACUGUUCAACAUCAAUUGACUUCAGUAAUGGUACCGUUACUCCGAAACAAGACAUAUAUGCUUCUGGAACAACUGUAAACCUUACAUGCAAUGACGGAUUUUACCAAAUGGGACCUACUAAUUCAUACUGUUGGUACUCAGGCGAAUUCAGUCAUUUGUCUAAAGAUGUACAGCCCAUAUGCAUAAGAGAAUGUGUAGAGUUAAACCACGAAAGCAUUACUGAAGUUAACCGAAUGGUUCAAUACCAAGGAUUUUUCAUUGUUGGAGAUACCAUAACUUACGAAUGUAGUGUAGGUUAUGAGUCAGAAUCUGGUGUUUCGGUUGGUGAUUUAGAAUGUAGAGAGGAUCGAAUUUGGGCAGCAAACUUGCCAGUAUGUAAAGGUGUUUCAUGUGGAAAUCCUGGAACUCCAAAUAAGGGUGAACUCAUUGGUGAAAUGUUUGUCUACCCAAACAGUGUUAGCUACAAAUGUCAACCUGGAUACACUAUUGUCGGGUCUACAAACAGGACGUGUCAACCAGAUAAGUCUUGGUCGGGAACAUUACCAUCGUGCAGUCCUAAUGACUGUGGUAACUUGGACAACAUCGAAAAUGGGAUGACUUCCUAUACUGGUACAACUUUCGGCAUGAAUACUACUUAUACGUGUAACAUCGGCUAUAAUAUAAAUGGAGUGAUGAUCAGAACUUGUGAAGCAACUGGACUUUGGUCGGGGUCACCUCCCACAUGUGAAGUUGUUAAUUGUGGGAUAGUUUCUGUAGGAGAAGGGGUAUUCAUAAAUGGCGGUAUUUUCACUUACAAUGCUGUCCUAAUGUUCAUAUGUGACAGAGGAUACAAUAAAGUAUCAGGCGAUACCACUAGAACAUGUCAGGCUGACGGCAACUGGUCUGGAAAUGACUUGGUAUGCGAAAUUGUUAAUUGUGGAGAUCCAGGCACACCAACCUGGGGGGAGAAAACUGGUAGUGACGAGACUUAUGGAAGCACAGUAAAUUACGUAUGCAACACUGGAUACAACCUUGUUGGUUCUACGAUGGUUACUUGUCAAUCAAAUGGAACAUGGUCAGAUAGCCCACCAACGUGUCAACUUGUAAAUUGCGGGGAUCCAGGCACACCGACCAAUGGAGAAAAAAAUGGUAGUGACGAAACUUAUGGAAGUACUGUAACUUACGUAUGUGACAAUGGAUACAACCUUAUUGGUACUGCCAUGGUUACAUGUCAGUCAGAUGGAACAUGGUCAAAUAGCACACCAACAUGUCAGAUUGUCGAUUGUAAGCAUCCAGGAAGUCCUCUCAACGUUACCGUAGACGUUAAUGAAACAACGUACGGCGCUAUUGCAACAUACAGCUGUCUACCCGGUUAUAGUAUCAGCAGUGGAAACAACUGGCGAACGUGUGGUCCUGAUGGCUCAUGGACAGGCAUUGAACCAACUUGUUCAG